AUGUCGAUAGCACUCUUAUUAGAAAAGUAUGAUGUUUCAUCUGAAGAAGGCCUUCAGAAAGCGUUAAAUGAAAUCGAAAAGGAAGAGGCCGAAGUCAACGAUGCUCUAUCAAACGCUCUGUCUAAAGCAUGUAUUCUCGAGGGAAGACUUCGUACAGCUAGUCAAGCAUAUACGAAGUUGGGUGAAGUCAAAACAGAGGCGUUGGUGGCUUCGGAUAUGGUAGAAAAGACUGCGGUAUUGGCAAAAGAUGUGAGCGCUAAAGUGCGGCAGCUGGAUCUUGCAAGGUCUAGAGUUGCUGAAUGUCAACAGAGAGUCCAUGAUUUAAUAGACCUCAAGGUUUGCAGUGCUGGAGUUGAUACAGCCAUCAAAGCACAUGACUAUGAAACAGCUGCUGCUCACAUUUCACGAUUUUUGAGUAUGGAACCUGCGUCGGUAGCGGCCGCUCGGGCAAGAGGAGACACUGAUCCGAGACAUGAUAUAACAGCUGCCGCAAAUACUUUGCGAGAACACCUGAUUAAAAAAUUCGAGGAAGCAGCAAAAAAAGAGGAUGACACUUCAGUCGAGAGGUUGUUCAAACUAUUUCCGCAGAUAGGGUGUGCCGAGCUAGGUGUAGCCAUGUUGAGUAAAUAUGUGGCUUCACAGUUGGACGUAGCGGUGCGCCGCGCUAGUAUGGUGUCGAGCAGCGGGAAGAACGAAACCGCAGUACACGCCGACGCGCUGACCCGAGUGCUGGAAUGCGGGGCAGCAGCCGUAGAAAGGGUGCGCACACUGAGUGUAGCCGCUCCCGACACUUUGCCGCAAGCCCUAACCGUCAUGCAACCGAUGCUCUGUAGCGGCGUGCGCACGGUGUGUCGUUCUCUGAUAGCGACCCGAAGGUACCCCAGCACGGAGAACCGCUCCCCGCUGACAGUCGAGCCGGCCCUCAACGAGCUCGCGCUCGCCCACCACCGCCUUCAGCUCUACUGGAUCUUUCUGAGGAGGCGCGUAGAAAUGAACGAAAACAUGGAUGAAAAAUCGAAAGCCGCAUGCGCAGAGGCCGUAGAGAAGUUGAUAGCGGAAAGCGACUCAACAAGAACUGCGCAAGACCUCCUUGGACAUUAUCUUACGCUUGAAAGAUAUUACCUGGAAGAGAGUGUGAGCAAGGCUCUGAAGAUGUCCACGCCGCAACCGGGGCAGACCACUUCCAGUCUGGUGGACGACGUGUUCUUCAUUGCGAGGAAGGUAAUCCGGUAA